GUCAUUUUCUUCUCUCGCUCUUGUCUCUCCGAGCUCAGAUCUAUCAUAUCUUACCCAGACUCCUUUGGUCUUCCAAUUAAAUCCAUUCAUCUUACUACUUUGACCUCUAUUGUGUCAAUCUAACCAGAAAGAUGUAUCCCAAAAACCUCGGACUCUUGGCCACGGCCCUCCUAGCUGCCACAGCUUCAGCGCUGCCCCGCACGGUCCCACCGAAUAACAAUGACCUAGCCGCCGGCACUGUGGCCGUAGACCAAUCCCAAGACGGCAGCCACCUUGUACAGAGAUCAGAGGAGGAGACAGCGGGCAAAGAUAACGCUGACCUUUGGGGGCCACAUGGUGGAUAUGCUGGUGACGAUGAGGGGAUUUCCCCUCCCCGCGGCUGGAAGAAAGAUGGCAAAACGGAGAGAUCAGAGGACGAGACAGCGAGCAAAGACAACGCUGACUUUUGGGCGCCCCAUGGAUAUGGUGGAUAUGGUGGAUAUGGCAAUUCCUACGGGCAAGGCGGCUACUAUUAG